GCGACCGUUGGGUCUCGCUGAGGCGGGGCGGCGGCGGGCGGCAGCAUGAAGGUUAACUUGGGCGUCCUCUCCCUCUUCGUGGCCCUGGUGGGAGUUUCAAGCUUCAUCUUCCUCGUGGUGGCCAUCGCGACGGACUUCUGGUACAUCAUCGAUGCCUCCAAGCUGGAGACGUCCCGUAACGGCACGGACGCACUCAGCUCGCACUCGGGUCUGUGGCGGACCUGCCGCGUGAGGAGCGAAUGUUACCCUUUGAUAAACCCCUUCUGGCAUGAGAAUGCAAACAUCACUGAUUCACACAGACAGCUUUUGUACAUGCAUGGAACAUUUGUCAUCCUGAUGCCCCUCAGCCUGAUAUUGAUGAUUUUUGGAGGAAUGACUGGAUUCAUCAGUAUUCUUGCCAGGGCCUACCUACUGCUUCUAAUGACGGGACUGCUAUUUCUUUUUGGAGCUCUUGUUACACUUACUGGGAUCAGUGUCUAUAUUGCAUAUUCAGCGGCUGCCUUCGAAGAAGCUGUCUGCCUCCUGAGGAGUAAGGAUCUCCUGGUAGAAAUCGACAUCAGGUUUGGCUGGUCGCUGGCACUAGUCUGGAUCUCCUUUGUUGCAGAAGUGCUCACCGGGGCUGUGUUUCUCCUGGCAGCAAGAGUUGUGGGUCUGAAACGGCAACAUGAACAGGCAUUGUGAACUACAGGUAUCAUUGCAACAACAGAACUCUGCAGAGACUAGAAAUGUGGAUUGCUUGGUCCAUCUUGUCACUAGGGGUAAUAAAAGUGGCCAAGGCUGUGACUGAGUAUCUUGUCAGCUGCCAUAAACUCUUUUCCUCACAGUUAUCUAUAAAACAUAAAGAUACUGAUAAAUCAGUAAAACAUUUCAAGUGUUGUCAAUAAGGAAACCCUUGUGACUUUAGAAGAAAGUACAUUGCAGUGCUAGUGUUUCCAAAAUAAUUUCAACUGGCAGCUCAUAAGACAUCUCCAUUCAUUGCUUAGAACAAGGCAGAUUUCUUGCUUGCUUUUCUUCCUUCUGCUGUCCCAGCAAAGUGCCUCAGAGUACCUCGCAGGCCAGUAUUCACAGUAUACUUAACAUUUGGUUUCUCCUCUGAGACUCCUAAUAAGUAUGCCUAGGAUUCCAGUCAUGUUGGCAGCCUCUACCAGCAGAGCUGCACUGAGAUGGCUACUUUGUGGUAGGUAGUGUGAUCUUCCUGCUGCCUUUGGGGGCACGCAGGGAUGUAUGAUGUCUAUACACCUGAACCCAGGGAGAGAGUGUGAGGCGUAAAUAUCCUCAGUUAAUAUUGCAUACUUAACAUGGUUUUGUUGCGCAAAGUAAAAUCAAAAAUAAAGAUCCAGAAUAGGAAGAACUUCAGAAUAUUUUGAGAACUCCAGUGAGAAUCCUCAGCACUAGGGCAUGGCUAGGAGAUCUAGUGAGGUGAACAUUAAUCUUUACUCUGGGGUACACCUUCUGUAUUUAUAGGAUCUUUCUUUUCCCUCAUGUGUCCCCAAAGAGGCUGUCCUCUCUCCUGUACCACAAUCACACUAUUUCUUUGUGACAACAGACAAAAAUGGGAUGAUUUGAGAAACCAGAGAACCCCAGAAGCCUAAUCCAUGUCAGCUAUCUGUAAUCUUUAAGGGGAGACACAGCAUCAUGUUUUAGGAAACUAAAAUCAUUACUUGUAGGGUGAAAACAAAGAAAUUAGUAAUUUUCUAAAAAUGAGCUUUGAUGCUGUGAUAAAAUGAAAGGAUAUAAGGCCUAGAUACUGUGAAUGACUUGAUACUAGCUAACCAGCAGAUGGUAGUGACUCUGAUGGUGAAGUUCUCAGGUGCAGUGCAAUGGUGAAUGUACUGCAAGAGAAAGAUACAGCUGCUUUUCCAAAUGUUUUAACUAGCUACUGUAGCCAGCCCCAAUCUAUCAGAUGCUCAGGCUGCAUACUUAUCUCUUUCAGCU